GUUCUUGUAUGAGUGCAGUUCACUGAGCAGCGCGAAAGAAGAUAGUAUUUGGAUUUGGAGUUAGUGUUCGAGUGUAUUGUGUCGAGAGAUAGUAAUCGCAUCGAAAGUUGUACCAGGCGAUCGGCGACGCCUGGUCCACCGGCGACAUUGCCAGUCCCCACUCGGUGCUGUUAAAUUUGGACCGCCCCCUCUGCUCUUCCUCACUCACUUGCUCCUCCGGGUUUCCAGCUGCUCAGUUCGGCGCUCGUUCUGCUCAGCGAUCAGUCUCUGCCCCUCCUCAGACUGCUCCACUCUUCUUCUUCACGAUGAAUGAUGGUGGUGCAUGUUUCUGUAGCUGAAGCGGGGCUGUUGUCCGCUGUUCAUGAGUGAAUUCGCCUUGAGCUGAAGCCGGAGGCAAGUCGAGGACUUCGGAGACAUCUGCCGCCACCUUGUCUAUGCCAUCAUAACACUUCGCUUCCGAGAUUUUGUUCCUCUGUGGCGACAAUCUUGAGAACGAUAGCACCGGCUUUCAAAUUUCACAAGUCUGUCGAGAUUAUCGGGCGUACCUGCUAGUCCAAACUGAUGUCAAUCUUCUCGAGAGUGGCCGCUGUUGUUACCAGCGAUCGUGCUAAAAAGCUUGCGUUGAUCUCUGAAACAGAAGAGAAACAACGCAGAUCUAGAUUGGCCUUCAAUUGUUGAAUUUCAAGUCCGAACUCCCAACUAUUAUACAAAAAGCAUAUAUCUUUUCCCGACCUUCGGCUGCGCUCGGCGAGGAUUCCCCUCAGACUCCCACAAGAUCAGCUUCUUCCAUGGCGGACAAUGAGUGGAUCAAUGGUUACUUAGAGGCAAUCAUAAACACGGGUGAAAGGCUCGAUGGCUACCGCUCAGAUGGUUAUCGCUCAGAUGGGCGAACAGCUGUUCAGCCUGUCCUCAGCGCUGCCAACUACUUCGUCAAAGAGGUCACUGGAUAUGAUGAUGCUGCACUGUACCGAACGUGGAUUAAGGCUAAUGCCUCAAAGUACCCACAAGAGAAGGGAAAUCGCAUGGAAUACUUGUGCUGGAGAGUCUGGCACGUCGCUCGACAAAAGAAGAAGCUUGCUUGGGAGGACGCCCAACGGAUGACCCGAACUCACUUCGCCAAACAACGACUUCUCAAGGAGGUGAAUGAGGAAUUCUCCGAAGAUCUCUCCGAGGGAGAGAAACCCGACUUACCUCCCGAACCCCCAGUUUCAUACGGAUCAAACGGCAGCCUCUCUUCGCUGUCCCACUUAGAGAAUGGUCUCGGAGGUCGGCUGUACAUCGUUCUCAUCAGUUUGCAUGGCCUCGUACGCGGAGACAAUCUGGAGCUCGGACGGGACUCCGAUACAGGAGGCCAGGUGAAGUACGUGGUGGAGUUCGCGCGGGCGCUGGCGAUGAUGCCCGAAGUGUACAGAGUGGACCUGCUGACGCGCCAGAUCUGCGACCCGGAAGUGGACUCGAGCUACGGCGAGCCGACGGAGAUGCUGUCGUCGGGCGCGUACGACGAUGACGACGAGGUGGGUGAGAGCAGCGGAGCCUACAUCGUACGCAUUCCAUGCGGGCCGCGCGACCAGUACAUCCGCAAAGAGCUGCUGUGGCCGCACAUCCAAGAGUUCGUUGACGGAGCGCUGGCGCACAUCGUUCACAUGACCAAGGUGCUGGGCGAGCAGCUGAACAGCGACGCGCAGAAAAUCUGGCCCUACGUGGUACACGGGCACUACGCCGACGCGGGCGACGCCGCCUCGCUGCUCUCGGGCUCGCUCAACGUGCCGUUCGUCAUGACCGGGCACUCGCUGGGCAGGAACAAGCUCGAGCAGCUGCUGCAGCAGAAUCGGCUGUCGCGCGAGGGCAUCAACAAUCUGUACAAGAUCCAGCGUCGCCUCGAGGCCGAGGAGUACUCGCUGGAUGCGGCCGAGAUGGUCAUCACCAGCACCAAACAGGAGAUCGUCGAGCAGUGGGGCUUGUACGACGGCUUCGACGUCACCACCGAGCGAAAGCUCCGAAUGCGUAUCUCUCGCGGCCUCGAUACCUACGGCCGCUUCAUGCCGCGCAUGCAUGUAAUCACCCCGGGCAUGGAUUUCAGCAGCGUCAAAGUCCCAGACUUUGGUAGUGACGGAGACGGAGAAAGUAAUGCAUUCGUCAUGUCAGAGAUGUCACCGGCAUCUCCCCGUGGGGCACCACAAAUAAUACAAGAGAUCAUGAGGUUCUUCUCCAAUCCACACAAACCAAUGAUACUGGCCUUGGCUCGUCCCGAUCCAAAGAAGAAUCUCACAACGCUCCUCACAGCCUUUGGCGAGUCCAAAAAGCUACGUGAGUUGGCCAACCUGACCUUGGUGAUGGGGAAUCGCGAUGACAUCGAAAACAUGUCCAGCAGCAGUGCCACAAUCUUGACGCAGAUUCUGAGACUUGUAGAUAAAUACGACUUAUACGGUCACGUCGCUUACCCCAAACAUCACAAGCAGACUGACGUUCCAGAUAUAUACAGAUUUGCUGCCACAACGAAGGGUGUAUUCAUCAACCCUGCGUUAGUGGAGCCCUUCGGUUUGACUCUGAUUGAGGCUGCAGCUCACGGCCUGCCCAUCGUUGCAACGAAGAAUGGCGGUCCCGUUGACAUAAUAAAAGCUUUAAAGAAUGGUGUGCUCAUCGAUCCCCACGACAAAGGGGAUAUUGCGAAUGCGCUGUUAAAGCUGAUGAUGGACAGAAAAUUCUGGAACGAAUGUCGCCAGAACGGCGUGAAAAACAUCCACAAGUUCUCGUGGCCUGCCCAUUGUCGUGCCUACUUGUCACACAUUGCCAUGUGCCGGAUGCGGCAUCCGGAAUGGCAGGACGAUAAUUUCGUGGAUGAAACUACAGCUUUGGAAUAUCAGAGAGAUUCUCUAACGGAUCUGGAUGUUAACGACUUAUCUCUACGACUUUCCAUGGAUGGUACACGUGAUAUUUUCUCCUGGAUGGAGAAAAAAGAAAACUACCCCACCGUGAAAAAGUCUGAGAACGGAGGCACUUACACAAACGGACAUAGAAACAGACUCAAUCAAGGAUACUUGGAAACCGUUCUCGAAAGAGGCCUGGGGGAAGAUAAACCUGCCGAAACCUUUCAGAGCAAGGUGAACAUGUUCAGACGACGCAAGCAUCUCGUCGUGUUAGCAAUAGAUUCAUACGACAAAUCGACCGGGAAGCCUACGAAGAAGCUACUCAACAUCAUCAAUUACUUCCUGAAGACUUUCCGUUCAGAGAUUGCAUAUGCAUGGCGAGCCAUAGGAUUUGUUCUCUCGACGAGUCUGACAGGCCCUGAGACAGUGGAGUUUCUAAAAUCAGGAGACAUUUCUGCCCACGACUUUGACUGCCUGAUUUGUGCCAGUGGAAGUGAGCUCUUCUUCCCCAUCUUGCCUCCCAACAGCAGCCAUGAUCCUAGCGCCGUCUACCUCUGCCCAGAUCCUUACUACAAAGAACACAUUGAGUACCGCUGGGGUGGAGAUGGUUUGAAGAAAUUCAUGACAACUAUACCGAAGUUGGUCGCCGAGGACGAAGAGUCCGAGUCCAUCGGGGCGCUUGUCGAGGAUGUGCAGCGUUCAAACUCCCACAACUUCGCAUACCGGACGAUCAACAAGGAAAUGGCUCCAUGCGUCGACUACAUUCGCAGUACUUUGCGAGACAAGGGUUACCGAAAUCACGUCAUGUACUGCCAGCAGGAGAGCAAGCUCCACAUAUUGCCGUUGCUUGCCUCCCGCUCGCAGGCCCUCCGGUACUUGUUCGUGCGGUACGAGUACGAUGUGGCACGCAUGUUUGUGGUAGUUGGAGAAACUGGAGACACCGACUACGAAGAGCUGCUGGCGGGAACUCACAAGACAAUUGUGAUGAAGGGGAUAGUGGAAGGCGGUUCAGAAAGACUACUUAGAGGGCCAGGCAAUUACACUCGAGAAGAUAUUGUGCCAACGGACAGCCCGAAUAUCGUGCAAACUGAAAGUGAUGACCCCCACACGAUCAUGAAAGCCUUUGAAAAAGUGGGUCUCGGCGUGUACAUUAAGAAGUAAAUACAGAGAGAGUGGGAUAUAACCAUACAAUAAGAGGUCAUCAGCCGUAUCACAAAAUAGUGGAUGUAAAUAGAAUAAGGUGAUUCCCCAUUUUGAAAAUAAGAUCAGAUACGAAUGACGGUAACUACCUUGAGACUAAGUUGAAUAAUUCUCUUACUAUUACGAUUGGUGACGAAGAUGUACCCAGUUGCUCUUUUCUCCAGUCUCCCCUCUUCCACAUGCUUGAAUAAACAAUGCACGUCUUGGUAUAAAUGUGCUUUUAAUGCCCGAAAAGCAUGAUGGUCGGAAAAGUAAGUAGUCCAGAAAGCAGCAUGACGUAAUUUGACUCUUUGUCAGUGAUAAUGAUUAAACUAGACAGGAAAGAAAAGGAGAUGGAACGCUAGCAUGUUCUAGAAACAACCUUGAUCUGAAUUUCUCUCGUGGAAUGAUCAUCUGUGGAUAAAAAGGAUGUCUCAAUUUCACACAAAGUAUCAAUCCUGGCACGGAAGUCUCUUGGGAGAAAACACCGCCACUUUCUGAUUAUCUACUAUGUAACAAAUGGGUAGCCGGCGGAACUAAACAGAAAGUUUCGUGGUACGAACAGAUGCCCGCCAGUGCGACCACCGAGCUCUCCUUUGUAUCCAUGUCUGUGUAUAAACUUGUCG